GUUGCUCUACUGACUGCUCAGCUAAGGCAAUGUACACGCGUUGUAAGCUAUAAAGCCCAGCUCGUGGCUUUUUCUGGUGUUUUCCCUGCCUCACACAACUUGACCCGUAUUCUUUCCAUUCUACUGAGGCUUUUCACCCAUUGCUCGCUGUAAAAGACCCUCUUCACCACACGCACGCACGCACUUACAAGACUGCCAAUUCUUACGUCACCCACUGAAUUGGCUCUUGUUUCGUCAUCUCGCUACCAUUGACGCCGGCCGUGGUUGGCGCCCUUGGAUAUAGCAUCCUUCUUUACCUUAGUACCUAGACUCAACAGCUUGACAUUUACCCGAAGCUAUUCACAAUGCCGUUCCUUGCUCGAUCCAACUCCCCGGAUCAGUCCUUGGACUUUAAGCCAUUAUACCUAGGCUUCGAUCUCUCGACUCAGCAGCUCAAAGCUCUGGUUGUCGAUUCAGACCUCAAGGUCAAAGGUGAAGCCAAGGUUGACUUCGACAAGGACUUUGGCCACAAAUAUGGCAUCAAGAAAGGUGUCCACGUCUACGAGGAGACAGGCGAGGUCUAUGCCCCCGUUGCCAUGUGGCUAGAGUCUGUAGAUCUCGUCCUCGACCGUUUGGCCGAGUCUAUGCCUGUCCCUCUAUCUCAUAUUCGCGGUAUCAGCGGCUCUUGCCAGCAGCAUGGCAGUGUCUACUGGAAUGGCAAUGCCUACGAGAUUCUUCACCAUCUGGAUCCUCGUCUCCCGCUGGUUGUUCAGCUACCACAGGCCCUUUCCCACCAGUGGUCGCCCAAUUGGCAGGAUCAGAGCACCCAGGCUCAAUGUGACGCUUUUGAUGCUGCUCUUGGCGGUCGCCAGAAGCUUGCUGAGGUGACAGGCAGCGGUGCUCACCAUCGAUUUACUGGAACCCAGAUUAUGCGCCUCAAAAAGGACCUCCCAGACAUGUACGCCAAGACGGCUCACAUUUCCCUCGUCUCCUCAUGGCUGGCAUCCGUCUUUCUCGGCGCCAUCGCCCCCAUGGAUGUCAGCGAUGUCUGUGGUAUGAACCUCUGGGACAUGUCCCGCCAAACUUACAGCGAACCUCUUCUCGAGCUUGCUGCUGGAAGCAAGCGUGAGGCCCUCAACCUACGAAAGAAACUGGGUGAGCCUUGCCUCGAUGGUGCUGCUGUUUUGGGCUCCAUCUCUCCCUAUUUCGUGGACCGUCACGGUUUCCACCCUGACUGCCAGAUCACACCAUUCACAGGUGAUAACCCCGGAACUAUUCUCGCCCUUCCCCUUCGACCUCUCGACGCCAUCGUCUCUCUCGGUACUUCGACGACAUUCCUCAUGAACACACCAAAGUACAAGCCUGAUGGUGCUUACCACUUCUUCAAUCACCCCACAACCGACGGCCACUACAUGUUUAUGCUGUGCUACAAGAACGGAGGCCUAGCACGCGAGCGAGUGCGAGACCAACUCCCCAAGCCUGAUAACGGCCCUACCGGCUGGGAGAACUUCAAUAAGGCUAUUGAGAACACUCCUGCUCUGGGUGCUGCCAAGGAGGGCGAUAGGCGCAAGCUUGGUCUGUACUUCUACCUUACCGAAGUGGUGCCCAACAUCCGUGCAGGCACUUGGCGAUACUCAUGCGAGCCAGAUGGCUCUGACCUUCAGGAAGUUAAGGGAGGAUGGGACAAGGAGACUGACGCUCGAGUGAUUGUUGAGUCUCAGGCCCUGUCUAUGCGCCUGCGCUCUCAGAACCUGGUUGAGAGCACUCGAUCCGGCCUACCAGCUCAGCCCCGCCGCAUCUACCUCGUUGGAGGUGGCUCUCUUAACCCAGCCAUCGCCGGCGUCAUUGGCGAGGUCCUCGGCGGCAGCGACGGUGUUUACAAGCUCGACGUUGGCGGCAACGCCUGCGCCCUUGGCGGAGCCUACAAGGCUCUCUGGGCUCUCGAGCGCCAGCCAAACGAGACAUUCGAUGAGCUCAUUGGUAAGCGAUGGACUGAGGAGGGUAACAUCCAGCGCAUUGACGAUGGUUACCGCGAGGGAACCUAUCAAAAGUACGGCAACGUUCUCGGAGCCUUCGAAGGCCUGGAGAACAAGAUCCUCACCGAGCAGGCCUCGGAGUCAAAGGACGGACGAAGACGGCCGCAGGAGAGUGCUUGACUUAAAAUUCAGGGUAUCUAAUGUCUAAAAUGGAGGAGUUUGUCUAUCACAUUAUCUAACGUACUUGCUCAUGAAGCGCCUAUGAAAGUCGGAACGGAGGAGAUCCUAAAGGUACGGGUUAGCGAAUGAUGUCUCUUCGUCUUUGAAGGAAAAAUAAACAGAAAAAGAAAUACAUAUAGAACUGAGUCGCUGGCAGAGAAUGCUUUGCGAAAAAGAAUCACCAAACUUACGUUUACAAACUCCUUUUUCUUGCCCCUGU